AUGCAGCCGCUUCGUGAGGUGGCUUACCGGCUGCCUCCACUCCCCACUGUCCGGGAACUGAUUAAUUUGUUCGGUCUCAGAGCCAGGAAACAGCUUUCGCAGAACUUUCUGUUGGACCCCAGGAUCACUGAGAGAUUUGUCAGGGCUGCGGGUGGAAAGAGACUUCGCGGCUCUUACGUCUGCGAGGUUGGCCCUGGACCUGGACCAAUAACCAGAUCCAUCAUUAAUGCUGGCGUUGAAAGGCUCAUCGUAAUUGAGAAAGACAAGAGAUUUUUGCCUACUCUGCAGAUUUUGUCUGAUUCGUAUGACAACCGGGUGGACAUCCACUUAGGUGACGUGCUCAGCUUCAACAUGAGCACCAUGUUCCCGGAAGAACUGCGCAGACAAGAUUGGGCCGACCGGCCGCCUCCAAUCAGCAUCAUUGGCAACCUUCCCUUCAGCGUCUCGACUCCCCUCAUUAUCCGAUGGCUGCAGGACAUAAGUGAAAGGAAAAACGCGUGGAGCUAUGGAAGAGUGCCUUUGACCUUAACCUUCCAAAAAGAAGUGGCAGAAAGGAUUGUAGCAAAGGAGAAGGGAAACCAAAGGUGCAGGUUGUCCUUGAUGUCUCAAGCUUGGUGCGAUGUUGACCUCAAGUUCAUCAUUAAAGGGUCGAGUUUCGUCCCCAAGCCUGACGUUGACGUGGGGGUUGUACACAUGGUUCCCAAAGCUAUUCCUGCUGUGUUGGUGCCAUUCAAGGUCUUUGAGAAAGUUACCAGAACUGUGUUUUCAAUGAGGCAAAAGUACUGCAUCACGCCAUUCAUGCGUCUCUUUCCCGAAGCCAUGAGAGAUCAAAUUCCUGCUGAGCUGCUGCAGAAGUCUGGCGUGGUUCCCCAGAUGCGACCGUUUCAGCUGAGUUUGCAGCAAUUCUCGGACAUGGCCUCGCUUUACUGGGAGACAUGCCAGAAGUGUGAAGGCUUGUUUGAGUACAACCACCGAGCUCCAUUGCCAGCAAGGCAAGAGGUCGAAUGGUCCAACAGGGUGCAUGGAAAGGAUAAUUAUGAGCGGCUAGACUUUAUUGAGUGAUUAUGUAGAUUUCCAACAAAUACAUUACGUUAAGUUUUAAGCGA